UUAUUUUUAUUUUUCUUUCCCUUUAAUUUGUCAAAUACAUUUUAUCACUUACCUUACUAUGAACAAUACCGAAGCUAAUAACAAUGCCCCCAACAACGUACGUGGUCGUGGACGCGGUCGUGGAAAUGGACGUGGAGGCAGACGUGGACGUGGCAGACGCGCUGGCACUUUUGUGUUUGUUGUCGAUCCUACCGUUCAGCAAAACACCACUCCUGUUAACAACGGUAACACCGAAGCUGACAGUAACGCCAAUGUCGAUGAUGACGAUGAGCCUGAACAACCAUCUUCACGGUCCUACAAUGUAUGGCCUGAUGUUGCUAUUUGUAUCCUCCUUGAAAUUAUGGCUGGUACCUACAGCUACUUGUUGAGAAGAAGCGAUACUGCCUUAAAGCAGCUCAUCUGUGUACAUUCGGCUGCUUUGCUUAAGGAAAAGUUAGCUGAGAAUGCUAGCACCGAUGUACUCAGGGCUUUUUUGGCAAACAUCAGCGAAACAAGUAUGCAAAGAAAGUGGGCAGAUAUGAAGCAGCGUUUUACCAGAGUAAGAAAUGCAGCAAGAGAAACCGGAGUUGGUGGAACUGUUCCAAACAUGCCUUAUUACGAAGAAAUUGCUAAGAUUACUCAGGAUGAUCCAAGCAUCCAGCCUGAAGUUAUCUACGAAAGCAUCAACAUGGAAGAGAGUGGUAUCCGGUCUUACAGACGAUUCAACGACGACAAUUUGAUGAAUGCUAUUGGAUCCGAUGGCCCCGAAACAACUUACUUGGCACCUACAGAAGUUGAUCAACUUGACCUGCACACCAGCAACAGCACCCACACCAACACCAACACCAACAGCCGUACCAACCUCAACACCAACAACCGAACAACCGAACAACCAACACCAACACCAACACCAACACCAACACCAACACCAACACCAACACCAGCACCCACACCCACAUCAGCAUCCGCAGCACCACCAACAUCUACAGGCACAACACCUCCACCACCACCUUCAUUUGCACCUCCACCUCCAUAUACAUCCGCACCACCUCCACCUCCAUACAUCCCUCCACCUUCAUCUGCACCACCUCCACCAAGAUCUGCCCGUACAUCGAGAAAUAGUCGAACCUCUGGUGAGCAGUCUUCAUCAACUCCUGAUCCUAUUGAAGCUGCUCGUCAGUUGUCAGACGAGCAUAUGGCACGUGCCCGCCAACUUGGUGUAGAGAUGAUGGAUCGCAUGGCAGCAUCGCAAAGGGAAGAUCGAGAACAAAGACUUCUCGAUGUUGAUAACAUGCUGCAACGUAUCAGUCGUACUCGACAAAUUGCAUUGGAAGAUAUGCAAGCAAGACGGCGACAAGAGACCAGAGAGAGAUACCGUAUGUUCGAAGAAGUAAGAAGUAGACGAGAGGCUGACAUGGAAGAGCAUAGACGUAGACGUAUGUCUGAUAUGGAGACUAUCCUGAAUAGAUUUGCAGCCAUUCGAAGAGGUGAUAGUGAUACCAAUCUUAAUGGUUCAUCUUCUACUGACAAUAAUCAUUAA